AUGAAGACCUCCCUGCUGAUUUGUGGCCUAAUUGGGUGCACCUUGCUGGCUAGCCUGUGGGGCACAGCCCUGGGGCACAAGCUUCAUCUGGGUCUCUGUUCCCUGACCGUACACACUCGUGAGCUCAGGCACCACUUCCAACACAUUCGCAAGAGCAUGAUCUCAGAAGACACACACAAAGGUGUGAAGCUACUAAGAGGGGAUGUAAUGAAAAACCUCCAGGCCAUGGACAGCUGCUGCUUCCUCAGGCAUGUCUUGCAAUUCUACAUGGAGAAGGUCUUCAGCAACUACAGCAGCAGUCAGUCCCUCCAUCGAAGAACCACCAGUGUGCUGGCCAACUCUUUCCACAGCAUCACCAAGGACCUGAGAGCAUGUCAUGCUCAGAUGCACUGUCAGUGCAGCAAGGAGGCCAAUGAGAAAUUCCAUGCAAUUCAAGUCAACUAUGAUAAGCUGGAGAUAGGAGCAGCUUCUGUAAAGGCCAUAGGAGAGCUGGACUCUCUGCUGGAGUGGCUGGAAAGCUUCCACGACUGACUUCCAC